AGAUAAAAUUGGGGAUAAGUCUUCCCUGCAUAAGAAUCCCAACUUCAAGGUUCUCUCUCUCACUCAUCAACCACAACUUCAGGCACACCAACCCAGGUUAUAGGGGACCAGGGGCUACCCGCUGUGGGGCCAAACCCCGCCGAGGCCGUUCCCCAAAUUCCGGGGCCAUGUGCCUCGGCAUUGGCAUUGUAAUCCCUGCUUGAUUAGCCGUCGCCCCCAUGUCGCGAUUGUUAUCGCAUCUUCACCUGUCAGCCCGUGCUUUCAACAUUCAACAACCCAAACUCAACACCUCGAUCCAACAUCCCGAACCCUCACCAUCACCAUCACAAAUGCGACAAUAACGCCCCUCCACCAACCCGAACCUCCACCCAAACCCAAAAACAAACACAAAAAAUGGAGUUCAUCCCCGCCCUCCAAUCCCGCCUCGACGAGCAAAAGCCCUCCCUCUUCGAACUCCUCUCCGAACAGCAGCUCUCCGCCCUCCUCCCCCCCACCCUCCGCUACCUCCUCACCCUCCUCACCCACCGCUACCCGCGCCAGCUCCUCCACGUCCUCAACCGCUUCGACGAGAUCUACGCGCUCGGCGCGCUGCUGGUCGAGCGCCACUACCUGCGCACGCGCGCCGGCGCCUUCACCGAGCACUUCUACGGGCUCAAGCGCGAGCGCGCCCUCGCCGCCGAGCUCCCGCGCGCGUCCGCCGCCGCCCCCGGCGCCGUGCGCGAUGCCCUGCGUCUGAGCCGCGGCGAUGUGUGGCGGAAUCUGUUGGUGGUUGUGGGGAUUCCGUAUCUGAAGCGGAAGUUGGACGAGGCGUACGAGGUGGAUGCCCCCCGCGCGUUGCUGGGGGCCGCGUAUAACCAGCGGCCGGCGGCCGGGGCGGGCUGGAGGGAGAGGGUGGUGUUUUGGUGGCGGUGGUUCUUGCGCAGGGUGUACCCCGGCGUGAACGCGGCGUAUUAUAUGGCGAUGUUGGCGUUUAAUUUGGCGUAUUUGUUUGACAACUCCAAGUACCACAGCCCGUUCCUGUGGAUGAUUGGGACGCGGGUGCGGCGGAUGAACGGGGCGGAUUAUCGGGCGAUUGAGGCGCUUGAGGAGAAGAUGGUCAAGAGAGGAGGGGCCACGACGAUCAGGGCGAGGAUGCUGGGCGGGCUGUCGAUGGUGCUGCCGACGAGUAUCUUCGCGCUCAAGUUUUUGGAGUGGUGGUAUGCGUCCGACUUUGCCAAGCAGUUGUCGCGGAAGGCGGCCGAGAGCCUGGAUCUGCCACCGCCCGUUGUGACGGGGUUGCCGGAGAAGAAGGCACAGCCGAAGGAGGAGAAGGACGCGGAAAAGGAGGAGGAAGAGGAUAUUGACGAGGAGGAGAAGGAGAGGCGGGCGAUCGAGAAGGCGCCCAUUGCGGCGUCGUCACUCCGGCCCAUCUACACGGUCCCUGCGCCAGAGGACUCGGACCAUUGCCCCAUCUGCGAGGGCGAGAUCACCACCGCCGCGGCCUGCCAGACGGGUAUUGUGUACUGCUUCGCCUGCAUCCACAAGUGGCUUACCGGCACGCACGCGCGGCAAGAGAAGUUCAUGGCCGAGAGGGCGGGCAAGUGGGAGAGCGGCGAGGGGAGAUGUGCCGUCACCGGGAGGCGGGUCCUGGGCGGAACCGAGGGGCUGAGGCGGAUCAUGGUGUAAAGUUUGUAAACUGUAAUGAUGACUGUAUCAAAAGCAAGGAGCCGGGAU